CGCACCGCCGUCUCUGGCGCACCUCCGCCCGCCCGCCCCGUCCGCCCGCCCACUCCUUCCGCGCGGGAACCGGGCUCCUGCGGGCGCAGGAAGGGGGUCGUCGCAUGGCGACCCCGCAGGCUGCGCCCCCUGGGGGUGAGGGCGCGGGGUCCGUGCCCUGGGCACCCCUGGAGGCCCCCGCCCGCCUGCUGCUGCAAGCGCUACAGGCCGGGCCUGACGGGGUGCGGCGGGGCCUCGGGGUGCUGCGAGCGCUGGGCCGCCGCGACGGGGAGCCCCUCGACUGGAGCGGCCUUCUGGAGGCACUGUGCCAGGAGGAGCCGGUGUCGUGCCCUGGCGGACGCCUGGAGCUGAGGCCACUGCUGCUGCGCCUGCCCCAGUUCUGCCAGAGGAACUUGCUGUCCCUGCUGAUGGCUGUCUGGCCAUCCCUGCCUGAAAGCCAGCUCCUGGCUGUGCUGCAGAUCGCCCAGCAGGACUCCAGCUCUGCCCCUGAUGCCUGGCUCCGGGCCCUGGGGAAAUCGCUGCAAAGAGACCUUGGGCCCAGGGUCUCCGUGGAGGGAGCCUCUCUGCUGUCCAAAGGGUGCCAGGCACAGCUCCAAAGCCUUUGUAGGCGGCUGGGCCAGGGAGGCAGGAGGCUGAAAUCGCCCCAGGCUCCAGACCCUGAAGGGGAAGAGGAGGACAGGGAGUCCCAGCCGGGAGGGAAACGCAGGAAGGAGCCAGAGGACGAGACUGCCAGUGCUGAGGGGGAGAGGGCCCCCAAAAGGUUCCGAGGUGGGGAAAGGGAAGAAGCGGAGGAUGGUCGCGAGGAGAGGUCAGAAGCCCGGCCCUUGGGAUCCCUGGCGGAUGGAGGCGGCGCAUCACCCGUGAGGAGUCAGUCUGGCCCGCGAGCCUCGCCCUGUGGUGCUGUCCAGAGUCCGGGGCAGGCGCAGGGCCCAGCGGCGAGUGUGGAGCUGCCCAGAGCCCUCCAGGACCAGCUGCCCAGGCUGCAGCAGCUGCUGAAGACCUUCGGGGAGGGAUUGGAGGGGCCAGGGGACACCCCCCCAGCAGAGCUGCAGCUUCUCCACGAAUGCAGUCCCUGCCAGGUGGAGUGGGUCUGUGCCCAGCUGCAGCUCCCGCAGCUCUCGGACGCUGGCCUCCUGCGGCUGUGCACCUGGCUGCUGGCCCUGUCCCCCGGUCUCAGCAUCAGCAAUGCCACUGUGCUGGCCAGGAGCCUCUUUCUGGAUCGUAUCCUCUGCCUGGCCUCCUCAGCCUCCCGGCUGCUCAGAGCCGCGCUGACCUCCUUCUGUGCCAGCCACCCCUACCCCGUGUGCAGUGCCCUGCUGGGCCCCGUGCUCCAGGCCCCGGGCACAGGCCCGGCACAAACAGAGUUGCUGUGUCACCUGAUGAAGGAGGAGACCCUGGAGCCAGAUGCUCGGGCCCUCAUGCUGGGGCAGAUCUUGGAGCUGUCCUGGAGUGAGGAGACUUUUCUGGUAUUACAGGUGCUCCUGGAGCAGCAGGUGGAGACGAGCCCCGAGCAGUUUGCCGUCCUCAUGGAGAAACUCUGUGAAGUGGGGCUGGCAGCCCCCACCUCCGUGGCCUGUGCCAAGCUCAUGCUGACGAUGAUGACCAAGUACCAGGCCAGCAUCACUGAGACGCAAAGGCUGGGCCUGGCUGUGGCCCUAGAGCCCAACACCACCUUCCUGCGGAAGUCCCUGCAGGCUGCGCUGAGACGGCUGGGCCGCUGACCAUCGGUCCCUCUCCCGGGACAGCGUCACCAGCUUUUGAAGGACAUUUCUGCUCUGCCCCCUGGUCCUGACCCCUUGCCUCAGGGUAAAGGCAGAGCCAGGCAUCCUCAGGAUCAACUUCCUCCCUGGGCGAGGGGCAUAGAGCCACCCUGGCCUCUUGGCGGCGGGGCUUGCUGGGCCGAGGGGCGGGAUGAAGGGGCUGCUGGCCCAGCUCAGGUCUCACCACUGCAGGGACAGAGGCUUCCUGAGUGAUGUACCUAUAGUAUUUAAUAAACAGCAGGAGGCUCCGUGACUCCUGUUAGCGUCUGCGUUCCGUUGA